UUGUGAUCAGCCAUCACAUCGAGAGGAGGCGGGGAAGAGGCAGCCCGGCUCAGAGCUCCUCUUGCAGCCUCUCGACUCGCAUCAAUCUGCCUCACCCCCAAGCUGGCACCUCCUUGCCCCCCUCGGCCCCUUGCACUGGGGGAGGGAAAGGAGCGAGGGGGCAGGAGGAAGAUGGUGAGGCUGAAGGCGAGCGACGGUUCUUCCCCCAGGAUAGGCUGAGAGAGAUGGAAAACCCCCGUGUCCCUUCCUCCAACUGAUCCGGAUCGGACCCUGCCCACCGGCUGAGUGAUGCCUCGGCACCACGGGUGCGCGUCCCCGUGCUGCCGCUGCCGAUGUACCCUCAGCCCUGCGCUCAGCCUCUCUCGCCUCCCGCUCGUUCUUUCUCCCUCUAUUUAUUGCUCGCAGGGGAUUACAGCUUGCUCCCCAGGCUGCCCUCUGAGUGCGUGGCUCUUCAGCCCCACUUGUGGUGCGGCCAGCUGGCCUUCUGGCCACCGAGCCCGCGCCAACUAGAGCCCCCCCUGAGAUUGCUGGGCGAAAAGGCACGUUCUGCUGGAUUUGCUUUGGGAUUGCCCAGGGUGCGCUGGAAAAGCCCCGUGUCUCAGAGGAGCGUCUGUCCCUGGAGUUAAAUAGAGCACAAGGAAAGCCUGCUGCUGGGAGUGAAAGUCACAGAGGGAGAGGGAAGGAAGCGGCAGCAUCCGUGCGGUGCCCAGGGAGCCAGGUGGAAGUGACUGUGGGCAGAGCCCCUCCAGGAGCAGGUGGGCAGGCUUGGAGGUCACUCUGCACCCCGGGGCCAAGCGCCAGGCUGGCCGGUGGAUGUGAAGGCGCACUGGAGAGGACAAAGAUGCUGCCUAUGAGUGCCAGCCACCGGUGGAGGAGCAGGUCCCUCAUGAGGUGGCAGGAAGCUUGCCUGCUCGGCUGCUGGCUGUCACUGUGUGCUGCAGAGUCCUUCUUUGCCUGCCCUUCCUCCUGCAAGUGUAACAGUGGUAUCCUGGAAGUGGAUUGUAGUGGCUUGGGCCUCUCUUCCAUCCCCUCAGACAUCCCCACAAACACCAGGACCUUCCUCUUUCUCAACAACAAACUCAGCAUUCUGCCGGGACCAGUGUUUUCCAAUCUCUCUGCCCUGCAGAGGCUGGAUCUAUCCAACAACUUCUUGGAUCAGCUCCCACAGAACAUCUUCAGCGACCUGGGGAACCUCACAGAGCUCCAGCUGAGGAACAACAGCAUCCGGGCCUUGGACAAGGACCUUCUCCAGCACACGGCCCUGCUGCGCCAGCUGGAUCUCUCCAUUAACGGCCUGGCCCAAAUACCCUCGGGCAUCUUUGAUGACCUGCCUGCUCUCCGCUCCCUCUCGCUCAGGUCGAACCGCUUGCAGAGCCUGGACAGGGUCACCUUUGAGCCGCUAACCAGCCUGCAGCAGCUCCAGGUUGGGGACAACCCCUGGGAAUGCGACUGCAACCUGCGGGAUUUCAAGCACUGGAUGGAGUGGUUCUCCUAUCGAGGUGGGAAAAUCGACCAGCUGGCGUGCACCCUGCCCAAGGAGCUGAAAGGGAAGGAUAUGCGAAUGGUGCCCAUGGAGAUGUUUAACUACUGCUCACAGCUGGAUGAUGAAAACAGCUCCACUGUGCUGGACAAUACUGGCCCACCCUGCACAAAAGGAAGCCCGACUCCCUCCAAAACUAAAUCGGGCCCAGAACCAGAAGUGGAGCCCAGCGUGGGAUGCCCUCAGAAACAGCGAUACCGGCCUGUGAGCGUACGCCGGGCUAUUGGCACUGUGAUCAUCGCAGGGGUGGUUUGUGGCAUUGUUUGCAUCAUGAUGGUGGUGGCGGCUGCUUAUGGCUGCAUCUACGCCUCCCUCAUGGCCAAGUAUCACCGGGAGCUGAAGAAGAGGCAGCCGCUCAUGGGUGACACAGAGGGUGAACAUGAAGAGCAAAAACAAAUCUCUUCUGUGGCAUGAGACUCUUCUAGGAAGGAAGGGACAGCAAUGAACAAAGGUACCUGAGAGCAGUCAAGCAAGCAUGGGGUCCUCCCAAAUUACAUCUUCCCAGACAGAAAGACAGACUGUGCUAUCGUUCCACUCACCCAAGCAGUGCAACAUGCUUCUGGGGAGUCAGGGCAUCUGACUCUAAUUUCUGUUCUUCUGCCCCGGGCCCAUUUGUGCCCUUUCACCCUUGGGCCCAGACAAAUAAAGUAGAGUCAGACCUCGAGUGCUUGCUGUGCCUCAUGCCCACGCACAGAUCUUCCCUUGCAUGCCUGCUGUGGAGACAGCUGGCACUUUCUGGGAACCUGUGUCAUCCUCUCAGCCUCAGUCCUGAGUUGUCUUGUAUCCCACCAAGAGCUGUCUGGAAACAGAGAGAGCAGCUCUAUGAAAGUCUGUGGGAGGAGCAGGACCAGAAGUGUCCACACCUCACUGGAAGGGUCACUGCUGCGCUGUGACUGUAACUUGCUGCCCACAGUGUGCCCAAGAGCACAUCAGAAGGGAUCAAGGGUCCCUUGGGGGUGACAACAGUCAGAGAGAGGCUUCGUUUCUCACUUUUAAAGGUGAAAAGAUACCUAAAUCACUCUAACACGCUGCCAGAGAGCACAAAGCUCCUCUUCUUGCUCCCAGCCAGCAUCCAAUCUGCCAGUUGCCUCAUCAUCCAUUGUAGGUGCACAGAGAGAGAGCCAUCCCCCUGUACAUGCUUCCUGACUCACUGUGAUCCGAAUGCACACACAUAGUCUGUUCAGCUCCAUACAAGCAGACACUAUGUCUGCGUAUCCAGAGUCCCAUUUGCACAUACUGAUCUGCCCUGUGCAUGCAGCCAUGAAUCCAUCUAGCCACUGCAGCUUAGUCUUAUUGUAACAGUGUGCAGUAUCUUCUGCUUUGGACAAAAUGCACAAAGUCUGCCACUGAGGAGCUAACACAAACUUCUCAGCCACAGUAGGGAGCUGGUGAAAAUGGGGAGGAGAGGACAGAGAGGUAGAGUUAUUAAGGUUACAGCAUGAGUCAGUGGAAACAAAUGCAGAGCAUGAAAAAUAAGGAAGUUCUGUUAUUCAUUUUAUGUAUUCUCUGAUAGAUGGAGAAAGCAAAGAUAUGAAGCCUCCAUUUGGAAAUGUCUGGUAGACAGAGUAGAUGUGGGCCAUCAGGAAGUGGAGAACAUGGCUUACCAGUCCAGGCAGUAUGAUUGCUGCUAUGGGUCGUGUGGGCUGAAGGGGAGAAAAAGAAACAACCUGAGAGCUGACAUUACUAGCAGAGGGAAGAGCACAGUGCACAAAGCAGGGCAAUGUGUCUGGGCAACUGGAGAGAGGGGCACAACUCUGGAGGGUCUUAAGGUAAAGGCUGAAAUCUAGACCAUAGCGUGGUACAGGUGGGAGAGCCUGAAAAGGAGUUGGCAUGGCAUACAGCAUAGCCCACAUAUUCUCACCUCACCAUCACCAUUGUGCUCACUGACAGCUACAGCUGCGUGAGCAUGCCCAUACACAACUGCACUCACUGCUGCUCUCAUGCAGAGUGUCUUCCCCCAACCAGAUUUUAAAGCCCUCAGACUGCAGUGCCUCUUAUUAGUCUCAGCUCUUUUCAAACUGACAGGGAAGGAAAAAAAAAAAAAAAAAAAAGUGAGAGAGGAAAAAAUGAAGGAAACUCAACAUAAGGACUCAUUUUGUAUUGCUGGAAGUGGAUAAAAUGCUGUCUCCAGGGGAGAGUGCACAUUGCCAUGGUAACCUGCUCUAACCCAUCACAGUGGGUAUUCCUGGGCUAGGAAGAUGACACCAGAGGUCGUGCAUCCACAGUGCCUGUGGAUGGUGUGAUCCUUGCCAUGAGGAAACAAGCUGGCAGUGAGCCCAGCUUGGCAGGGUACUUUGCUAGUCACCCUUGUUCAAAAGCCAGCAGGCACUGCAGGUGGCACUGCCAGGGCACCUCACCUCUCCCUCCUGCUCCAGCUGGAUCCCGAAGCCUUCAGACAUCUCACAGCCCUCCUGCUCGCUGCUGCUAGGUCCCCAUGGGAGUGAUGCAUACCAACUCCUACCCCCUCCUGAUCCCAGACAGGUUGUACUGACCCAUGGGCAUGCAAUGACAAGUCUUCAAUAAAAGCCUGGAUUUGCAAAAUUCCUUCUGGUCUACCAGGGCCACCAGAAGCAAAGAGACAGGAUGCUCUGGACUGUGUUAAGCAUGAUACAGGGCUGCAUGGGACAGACGAGGAUGUUCUUCAGGAAGCAGAAGACCAGGCUACCCUGGAAGAAGGACUGGGAGAAAACUGUCCACCCACCAGCGUGGGCACACAUCGCACUCCCACUCUCAGCACACUGCUCGUGAGGAAGAUGAGGAGGAGGAGGGAGGCUGGCAAAAUGUGAGGAGGAAGGACUCUUCUCCCAUGCACACUGUACAGCCACACAAACCAUCCCAUCUGCUGCAACCAUAGCCCUCUCUGAAGGGCAGAACUGGUGCACUGCAGACUUCUUAUGUGUGUUACUGCUGCUCCACAUUCCCAGCAAGCCGGGACUAGACUCUGCCUGCUGAAUCCAAAUCCCCCCCAAUCUCCCUCUCAGGGGAACUUCUCCCUUUACCAUACUGGACACCGCAAUCAUACUUGAAAUGGGACUUGAGUCAGAGCGGUAUAUUUAUAGAUCUAUAUUUUACUUGCAUCAAAUAACAGUGAAACAUUGCACAAAACCAAUGGGAUCUAUAUAUGUGUGUUUGUGUGUGUGUGUGUGUGUGAGAGAGAGAGAGAGAGAGAGAGCAAGAGAGAGAAUGAAAUUGUUUUUAGGGGGAUAGAGUAGAGGCAAAAUGAGUAGGAGGGAGGCAGGGGCUGGGGAAGGAGGAAAUCCUCCUUUCUCUGCACCUUCCCUGUGAGCUCCUCCUGUCCCGACAAAUUUUAAUUUGUUGCUAAUAACAUUUUCUAUAUUUCGUGUUGUGGGCUGAUGAUGACCUUGCCCAUCCUUUCCUCUUUGUUUUCAGUUAUAAGGCAGAAACUCUGGAUUCAUCUCAACCCUAGACAAGGGACCGCUGUGUUUAGAAAUCCACCAAGGAGAAAGACAGGAAAGGGGAGAAAAGAAUGUUGCUGAGAAACAUGAAGGCUGAAUGCUAUGGGGAAUCCCACUGGAAAGCAAAUAUCGUACUUGGAAGGACAAGGACCCGUCCUCUUUCAUGCAGAGCAGAGUAAUGGGAUUCACUGGGAAAUUACCUCCUUGUACCACUGGCAAACAGGCUCUUACUCUUUCCAAGCACACCUGGAAAGCCCUCGCACUGUCAGCAAGCAUCUCUAGGGAACACAGUGUCCGACAGGGUCAGAAAUUAUGCUCUCCUGCAGGAUGCCAGGCACACAAUGAGCCCCAGUGCUCCCUGUAAGCCCAGGAAAUGUGUUCCUCUGGUGUGUGGAGUGGCGGCUCCUGCAGGCAUGGGGGAACACCAGUAAAUGCACUCUUUGCUGCAGGCAGGGGUACCAAUGCCAAGAGCAGGUACCUGCCCUCAGGGAAUGGUCUUCUGGGGCAGGCAUGCUUUCCUUAUGGGCUGGCAGGCCCACCAAAAACAUCACCCCUGCUCCAUGCAGCCCCCUGGCCCCACACACCCACCUGUGGUACAGGCAGGCACAUUUCUUGCAGGGAACAGAUGGCACUUGUAAUUUCUUUUUCUUUUUGUUACUGUUUGAGGGAGAGCAACAAGAUUUUCUAAAACGACUGAAUGGAGGUUUCUUUGGCAUGAGACAGAAAAUUUUUAAAGGUAUAUUAUA